GUCCCUCGUGUCAUAACAUGGUCGUCUUUGAACGGAGUGGUCUGGCAUUGACACCAACCGAGUGUCAGCUAUACUAAAACUCGUGCGUCGAGCGUUUCUUGGCCGAAGCCAUGCCUCGCUACGAGCUGGCCCUGAUCCUGAAGGCGAUGCAGCGGCCGGAGACCGCGGCCGCUCUCCAGCGGACAGUGAAGACUUUGAUGGAGCGGGGCGCGGUGGUGAGGGACCUGGAGAAUCUGGGGGAGAAACUGCUGCCCUACAAGAUAACCAAACACAAUGAAAGGCACAUCCGAGGGACUUACUUUCUGGUUGAUUUCUACGCACCACCCAGCAUCCUCACGGGCUUACUGGAUCACUUGCACCGAGAUGUGGACGUGGUGAGGCCAACGGUGCUGAAGAAGGACGCCCAGGUUUCCGACAGUAACUGCUGUGGCCCCUAGCAGUGAUUAAACGUUUUCACCGCUCAUAUCCAGAAGAUGUACAGUGCGAUGCUUCCCUCUUUGACCUGUUAGAUAGUUGUUGGCCUAAAUUUGGAUGUUAUAUCAUAAUAAACAACUUUUUUCUAUCUUG